UGUUUAAUUCAUUGACCUAAAAGUUCUGUUGAUCGGUACUGUAAAAAUAACAUUGCUAACAGGUUAAGAAAAAGUGUUCUGUGGGUUAAGACAACAUAAUGUCUUGGAAUAAAAUUAUAUGUAGUCAUAAAGAAUUGCAAUUAUUUGGUACGCUAAACGGUGGACAGAGUUUCAGAUGGAAUUAUGAUAAGAUUAAUGAUGAAUGGGUAGGAGUUUUUUCAAGAACAGUUUGGAAAUUAAAACAAAAUGAUGAUCACAUACAGUAUCAAGUAAUUGGUUCACUAAUAAAAGAAUUUGACACAAAAGAUAGUAUUAGUUAUGAAAAACUGCUUAAAGACUAUUUCAGACUAGACUUAAAUUUAGUAAAAUAUUACAAAGAGUGGUCUGAAAAAGAUGAGCUUUUCCAAACAGCCUGUCAACAGUUUUAUGGCAUAAGGAUGCUUCGUCAGGAACCGGUAGAGAAUUUGUUUUCAUUUAUUUGCAGUCAAAAUAAUCAUAUAUCAAGGAUCUCAAGUAUGGUUGAAAAAUUAUGUACACAUUACGGUGAUGAAAUAUGCACAACAGAUGGCGUGACUUACUUCUCAUUCCCUCAAGUUGAAAAAUUGGCAGUUUGUGAUGUAGAAUCUAAAUUGAGGCAAUUGAGUUUUGGCUACAGGGCGAAGUUUAUACAGAAGUCAGCAGCACAGAUAGUUGAGUGGGGUGGCGAGCGAUGGUUCAACAAUCUGCAAGACAUGAAAUAUAAAGAUGCAAAACAAGAACUCAUGAAGUUACAUGGCAUUGGUCCUAAGGUGGCCGAUUGCAUAUGUCUAAUGUCACUGAAUCAUUUAGACGCACUGCCUGUUGACACGCACGUGUACCAAAUUGCUGCACAAAAUUACUUGCCUCAUUUGAGAGGGAAAAAGAAUGUCACAGACAAGAUGUAUACAGAAAUAGGUGACCACUUCAGAAAACUGUAUGGCGAUAUGGCGGGCUGGGCACACACUGUUUUAUUUUGUGCGGAUUUGAAGAAAUUUCAACAGAAUGACGAUAUUAAAUGUGAAAGUCAAAAGAAGAGACGAAAAAAAUAAAGCUUUGAAAAAAAUCAAUGUUUCGAUAUGGUAAUUUUAAGAAAUUAAAUAAAUUUCAAUUUUAUAAUUUUUUAUUUUUUUACUUUAUUAAUAUGGUAAUUACAAAAGGUUAUCUUACAAAUUUAUAUUAUAAAGGUAUAAGUCAAAUAAUGUUGAUUAUUCAUAGUACAACAUGAAAGAUUAAGCAUAGUCUGUAUGAAUAUCUUUUAACAUAGUGACAUUUAAUUUUAACGGGAAUCGUUAUCUGAAACCGUUUGCAAAAAUAAGAACAUUAUUUAAAUAGGUAUAUUCAAAUAAAUACCAUAAUGUACACACGUCAUGUUAUCAAAAUAUGUCAAAUUUCUCGUGUUGAUUUUAAACUCUACCCUCAAAACAUUAAGGUUUAAUAUUGAGUGGAGAAAUUUGACAAUAUGUAUAACCUGACUCGCAGUUGAGUAUAAAAGUCAUAAUCACCCCACAUUUAC